GAGGAGCCGCCGGACGUAACCUUCGUCGAGGCACCGGCUCGCGCGAAUAUGAGCAUGACUCUCGUUCGAAAUUCGUUCAAAGGCUGCAGCGAGGACGACGCAGGUGUCGUGGAUGCGGAGGUGGGCGGAGGUUGCGCGGGUGGAGCGCCAACCGCAGGAGGUGGAAGUAUUGCCGGUGAUGGAGGUGGUGGCGGUGGUGGUAGUGGUGGUGGCGGCUGCGGUGGAGGUGGCUGCGGAGGGCGAGGAGCUGGUGAGGGUGGCUCGACGAAGCAGCAGCAGCAACAACAGCAUCAGCAGCAGCACCACCAACAGGGUGGCGAAAGGUGCUCUCAGUGCGGCAUCCUCUGUCGGGACGUCCAUGUCCUGCAGCUUCAUCUCGAGGACGCGCACAAAACAUCCUAUCCCAUCGACAAGCACGAUCUCAACGCCCAAUUCUCCCAAGUGUCCUGUAAGGUGUGUAGCAAAACUUUCGCUAACGUCUAUCGACUACAGAGGCACAUGAUCAGUCAUGAUGAAAGUGCCGUUCUGCGAAAGUUCAAAUGUCCUCAUUGCGAGAAGGCCUUCAAGUUCAAGCAUCACCUUAAAGAGCACCUGCGCAUUCAUAGCGGGGAAAAGCCAUUCCAGUGCAACAAUUGCGGCAAGCGUUUCUCUCAUUCUGGAUCGUACUCGAGCCACAUGACGGCGAAGAAAUGCUUGAUAAUGAAUCUGAAAAAGUCCAGGCAGAACACCAUAAGCAACGUCGAUCGGGGACCGAAGAAAGCGCAGCAUCAGCCAUUGUCAGUACGACGCGACGUUGAUCCGCUUGCCAACAAUAACACCUUCCUUCCAAUUCUGCCAAAGCUAUCACCUUCGGAGUACCAGGAGAUGCAAAGGGAGGGAGCAGGUGUCUACGACAUGCCGCCGUCCUUGCUGCCCUCCAUGAUCGGGUUGGGAAGUUACUUCCUGCAGACUUCACUGGGCAAACUUCUACAUCAGUUGCAUACUAAGCGAAUCGACGAGCUUACCGAGCAGUUCGAGACGCACCGGGAAGUAAUGAGUCCAUCAACAGCGGAUUCUGAGGAAACGGAGGGCACAGAGGGCAAGGAGUCCCCCGCGCCGGCCGACUCCCAAGGUCUCGAUGCUGUCCGGCGAAUUCUAGAGACUGUAAAUGCUUCCGUUACGAAGCAGCUAUUGGAAGCGAACGUGCGGAAGCUCUCCACGUCUCCGGCUACAACGAAGCGAGAGUUUGAGGAGGAUUACCAAGAUCAAGAUAGCGAAAUGUCCAGUGAAAUGACACAUUGUCCGGACUGGGCUGCGACGGACCAAUAUGAUUCACAGAGUGAAGGUUUAGCUGCAAAGCUCGAGAACGUCAAUCAACCGACAUCGAGAUCAGCCUACAAGAGAAAAAGGGAGGACAGCUCUGAGGCGGAUUCGGAGGACGAGGAUGAAGGGAAUCAAACUCACAACGACAAUGGUAGGCGGGUGAGAGCCAGGUCGCUCAUAGAUGAUGAACAGUUAGCUGUUCUCAAGGGUUACUACGCUAUUAACCCGCGUCCUAAGAAGGAAGAGAUCACCAUGAUCGCCAAUUACAUUAAGUUUCCUACUCGUGUUGUGCAGGUUUGGUUUCAAAAUUCUCGAGCCAGGGAUCGAAGGGAGUCGAAGAUGCCAGGUCUGGUACCUUUGACACUGCCAAAGAGUCAGACUGUAAUCGAGCAACCCUUGGAUCUCUCUAAGAAGGAAGCGUUUGCUAUAUCGACGACUAAAGAAAGCGACACGUCGAGUAGAAAUACUUCGUCUCCUUGCGAGCAGAAGGAUGAUAAUAAUCCAGCCCCGCACGUCGACAACGACGACCUCGAGGAUUCUCCUCUCGUUAUAGACGAAGAAACUACUACUGACCCCGUUGAAGUCAAGCGGACACCUCCCACUGGAGAGAUAAUUGCGAAGAGCCAAAAUCAAGCGAACGUGAAAGGCGAAAGUGAGGUUACACCUCAAGCAGAAGCAACCCCCGUGGCAACGGAAACCGAGCAGGGUCUUCAUUUCUGUGAUCGGUGCGACAAAACAUUUUCCAAACACAGUUCCCUCGCGAGACACAAGUAUGAACAUUCCGGGCAAAGGCCGUACAAAUGCGUGGAGUGUCCCAGAGCGUUCAAGCACAAGCAUCAUCUGACUGAACACAAACGGCUGCACAGUGGCGAAAAGCCCUUCCAGUGCUCCAAGUGCCUCAAGCGCUUCUCUCACUCCGGCUCCUAUAGCCAGCACAUGAAUCAUCGUUACUCUUACUGCAAGCCCUACAGAGAAUAGGAGUACUCCGCCUGCUCACCCAAGGCUCGCUCGCUUACCUAGGUAGUCUUUUCUCCUUGCGUCUAGGAUUUCCCUCUUUUACGCGUAAGUUUUUCCUCCAAGAUUUCCUCGAAGGAAAUGCAAAAUUUCACCGCUCGCGAGCAGGUGAAGAAACGCGCAAGGAAACGCUAGAACGCCUUUCUAUCUUCCACUCGGCACGAACUUUAAGCAAAAACCGCGACGUUCCGCGAAGUUAUAGUAUAACAUAAGAUAUCCGCGACAUCACACAUAAUGAAGCCAUGGCGCUGUGUAUUGGGCCAGUUCGUACUUCGAAGAAAGAAAAGGAAAUAUGCGGAUAACGGUUUGGACGAUGCGAUUCGAGAGAUCAUAAAGAUUUAAUAAAUGCGUGUAGAGUAAGAUGUCGAUUCGCAAUCGGUUUCAAAAUCUCGCGAGGAUAUACGGGGGUGAGAUAGCUCGCGUAUUAAGACGAAUGUCGUUGUAUCGUCUGGAUUAGCUUUAGAUUUUAUUAAUCUUCUAUUCUACGUCGCGCGAAGAAAGGGAGAAAGAAACAACUAGUUAGUGCGAACGAAAGAAAACUACUCGCGGUAAGCGCAAGUCGACAAAUAAACCAAACACGUGUAACGGUACCAAAAAUGCAUAAUGCAAUAAUCUAUAUAUAAUAUAUAAUAUAUAAUAUACAUAAUAUUUUAGUAUUUUUAUUAACAAGAUACUAUAUAUACCAUGACAAUAAUAAGGAACUAAUUAAUGUACAAAUUUGUUAGCCACGUCCGCAUGAGGAGAGCGCGAUGUCCAUUCUCGAAGUUCGCGUGUAAGUAGCAUACAAAUCUAAAUAAUGUACGAAGUCUCAAAUUCUCGGACGAUCGGAAAAGUCGCACGGCGACUUGUGUAUUGUACUCUCGGUAAAUUCGUUUCGCGGAAAGACGGUGCUUGCAUCUCGACAAGUAACUUUACAUCUCAGGUCCCAAUGAUAUAAUCCAGAUAUAAGAAUGGAGAUCGCGCGGAGUGUAAAACGAGCGCUCGUUCUACACGGAUAAAGAGGGAUAUAUUGAGUUUACUGAAUCAAAUAUGUUUGGACUCAGCUGUUAAUUGAGCUUAACGUUAAAAAAAGAAAAGGAAGGAAACAGUCGGUAAACGUGACAUAAAACGAGGAUUAGAAUCUCACGUUCCGCCUCCUUGCGAUGGAUAACUUCACACGACAAAGGGCUAUAUAGUAAUUAUUAUAUAUUAUUAUAUAUAUAUGUAUAAAGCGACAGAGAGAGAGAGAGAGAGAGAGAGAGAGAGAGAGAGAGAGAGAGAGAGAGAGAGGAAGAAAUGUGGAACUUUUAAGGGCCAUGCGGGUCGGUGAUUGGUGUCAUGCGAGCGAUUUUUUUUUUACUAUUGUACUUACAAGUUGACAAGUUGAUAACGCAUUAUUCCUAUAAAUGUAACGACUGUCGUUCAAAACUGUGCAAACGCACAGUACAUAGAAAGUGCGCUACACAUUCCGCGAGGAUCCGUUUUCCAUUUUUGUUUUUCACUGUAUUUCCCUCCCUCUUCUGGGCCUCAUUUAUUUACCGUUUUCUUCUUGCAACGAAUAGCACCGCGUGACACGUAAUUCCGUCGUAAUCCCUCCGACCUCGCUUUCGCCUAAACAGCCAACGAUUUUACUUCCCGCAGCGUGUUCGUUUUACGCGGCGGAGCGUAGACCGGCGGUGUUGCGACGGAACGCGAAUAACACGAAGCUGCGGAAAACGUAAAAGAUAUGUCUAAGAGACGUCCGAAAAAUUAGAGUAUCUUUUUUUCGUGUUUACUCUGACCGUUCGUGUUGUUCGAAGAGAGGUGCGCGACGACGAAUGAGAAACGCGAUAACGAAACCUCGCAAUAAUCUCUUCACCGAAAUCCGAGGCCCGAAUACACCGUAAACGUCUAAGUAUGAUAUUAAAUGCUUCCAACACAUUAUACUAUUAUAAAAUUAUUAUAUUACGACGUUUAUAUGAUUUUAUUCGUUCGGACGCGUAGGGGUAUAAGGACGUAUAUAUAUAUAUAUAUAUAUUAUAUAUACUCUACAAGAUUGAUAAUACUCGAGAAUGUAUUUUAUAACAGUUUAUGCGUCUUUUUAUUUACACGAGUACCACAAGUGAUAAGUGAUAUUGUUAUUGAUAAAUAGAAAGACGAGAAGAAAGAAAGAAAGAAAGAAAGAGAGAGAGAGAGAGAGAGAGAGAGAGAGAGAGAGAGAGAGAGAUGAUAUGAUAUGAUACAGAUAUUACCGUAUUAUAUUGAAAAAUUUUGCCAGUGUGUGUGUGUGUGUGUGUGUGUGUGUGUGCGCGCGUACGGCAUACGGCAAACCGGUACGUCACGGUUGUACUUCCUCGACGCGUGUAGAAGCUUCGGUUAUCCGCGACAGGCAUCGUGUCUCCACUACAUUAUGAAAGAAAGACGAGAAACAAAAGGAAAAAAAAAGAAACCAGAAAGAACGAUGUGCAGAUUAUAAUGCUUAUAAUACUCAUUUAUUAUAGUGUUAAAAUGAUUAAGAAAUAUAUUUUUAUAUAAUUAUAAUAUAAUAUUACUGUACGGAUACGAUAGAGAGAGAGAGAGAGAGAGAGAGAGAGAGAGUACACUAAUCGAUCGAGCAGCGAAUUUCGACUGCAAUGGAUCUCUUCCUCACAUUCGACACUGCGCACACUGAGCUGUCUCGCGUUUCUUCUCUUACUCGAGACGUUCGUCGCCGUUCGUUAUUUACAAUGUCGUCCGCAAUAUUCGCAUCCGAGUGAUUCUCAAUCGCAUUUCCUUUGCGUGUUACAAGCGACAAGUCGUUCCUAACCGUAAUCCGCUCCGUUAAUAAUUCGCCGCGCCACGGUACUUCUUGCUCGACGUCGCGCAUUGCUCGCGUCUCGGAAAAUCCUUCUAUCCUCACUUACCUCUUGUUCUUUCACGGAGACGAUAAGCUUCCCACCCGCUACGCUACUCGUUUGCGCGUCCGUUUCUUACCAACUCUUCUGCGUCUCGUUUCUCACGUUGAAUUGAGCCUGGCUAAUUAGCGUUCGAGUCGUUCUUUGCACUCGCACCGGCGAGAUACCGGCGUGCUCGCGGAAAUCAUCGCGAUUUACACCGGUGGUCUCGAUCCCUGAUCAUUCACAUCCUUACUUUCAAGUGACUUUACACGACCAACAACGGGUUAGGACAUCAGGAGGAAAAGGCAGAGAACUUACGAAGACAAUAUUAUAUACGUAUAGAUAAUAUAUAAAGUAUAUAUAUAUUAUAUUUCCUCCGAUUCCGGGAGCUUUUGCGACCCGCUUGCCUCAGUAUAUGUACGUACUACUAAAUAAUGAGAAAAGGAUAAAAAAGCAAAAAAACGUAAAGCGUAUGUAAGUCGCGCCAGCUUUCGUGCAUCGACAUCGGUUAUCGCCGUUACCUCCCGUACGAACAAUAACGAGAAUAAAGUAACACAGACGCAGCGUGGAUAGUUUAAAAGGGAAACGCGAUCAAACGCCGGAAAGGAAAGGAUGAGAGCGAUAAAGAGAUUGUUAUGAUUGUUGAAGCAACGAUUUAAUAAGCACCAUACGAUGCCUUCCGUGAACGACCGAGCUUGCCUAGUUGCCAAGAGAUUAAAAAAAAAAUGAUAAAUACAUUAAAUGUUAGCGUGCGACAUCGAUGCAACGUCGUCGGCGUCGAGAGCAGAAUUACCUUCGCGAUCCUCUUCGAGUCGUACUGUAUUUCAUUCGUAUGUUUCGUUAGUCUCGUUCCUAAAGUGGAUGUUCGAUAAAAAGGACGAAAAAAAAGAACAAACGGACUGACACAUCCUAAAUAGGUUCGUGCGAUCGGAA